CACCCCCUUCCUCCCCACGCCACAGACCAGCAACAAACCAUGAGGCUGUUGUAUUCAUUUCCUCGUCCCAGGAUCUCCCUCCGCUACAUCUGGCCCUGGUCUUGGGCUGUGACUGCUCCCAAGAAGAUGGUAGCCAUGGCGAAGAAAGAAGCGGAACUGGUGAACGGCGGGGAGCCGCAAGGGAAGUUCGAGUCCGCGAACCGCCCGCCGUUCAAGAUCGGCGACGUCCGGGCGGCCAUACCGAGCCAUUGCUGGGUGAAGGACAAAUGGCGGUCCAUGAGCUACGUCCUUCGCGACGUCGUCGUCAUCGCCGCGCUUGCGCUCGCCGCCGGCCAUCUUAACAGUUGGAUCUUCUGGCAUGUCUAUUGGCUCGCCCAAGGCACCAUGUUUUGGGCCAUUUUUGUCCUAGGACAUGACUGUGGGCACGGGAGCUUCUCCGACAGUGUGCGGCUGAACAAUGUGGUGGGGCACUUGCUUCACUCCGCCAUUCUGGUGCCAUACCAUGGAUGGAGGAUUAGCCACAGAACUCAUCACCAGAACCAUGGGAACGUUGACAAGGAUGAAUCAUGGCACCCGUUAACCGAGAAGACAUACAGGGGAAUGGCUUCGUCCAGCCGAACGUUGCGUUUCAGGUUACCUUUCCCCUUGUUUGCCUUCCCUGCCUACCUGUGGUGGAGAAGCCCCGGGAAGGAAGGCUCUCACUUCCUGCCCAACAGCAAACUGUUUCAUCCGGAGGAGAAACAAGAUGUGAUGGUAUCGACCAUCUGCUGGUCAGCCAUGGUGGCAUCGCUUCUCAUUUUGUCCUGGGCGUACGGCCCUGUUGCGGUGCUCAAAUUCUACGGCGUACCACACUUGGUCUUCAUCAUGUGGUUAGAUCUGGUUACUUACCUGCACCACCAUGGCCACCGCGAAAGGCUCCCCUGGUACCGUGGCAAGGAAUGGAACUAUCUGCGAGGAGGGCUGACGACAAUGGACAGAGACUACGGGUGGAUAAACAACAUCCACCAUGACAUCGGAACUCAUGUCGUGCACCACCUCUUCCCCCAGAUACCGCACUACAACCUAGUAGAAGCAACAAAGGCUGCUAAGCCUGUACUCGGCAAGUAUUACCGAGAACCAGAGAAAUCUGGGCCUCUUCCACUCCACCUCUUUGGCGCUCUGCUCAGGAGUCUAAGAGUCGAUCACUUUGUCAGCGACGAGGGAGAUGUUGUCUACUACCAGACCGACCCUCAGCUGUCCGCUGGCUGGCAGCAAAAAUCCCAUUGAAGCAAGCCAGCCUCCGAUGUUACUGUUCGUGUCUUGAUGCCUUACACAGUAAAACUAGAGUAGUCGAUUACUGUAAUGGGCUUGGGCGAUCCGGAGAGAGAGAGAGAGAGAGCAACGAUGGUGGUGAACUCGAUUAAUUUUCUCUUCUUUACUUCAAAGAAAAAGAAGCUGUGGCGCGAAUAUAUUAUCUAGUCUCAUCAACUGCUGAACAAUGGUGCUGCAACAACAGCAUCUUCAUUUUGUCUUGAAAACUAUUUUCUUUGGAAUAAACAGUCGAUUCCCUUCGA